CACAAUUAACGUUUGAUUUUUAGAAACAGUCUACUUUAUAAAUCAAGUUCAGUAUAUACAAACUGUUGAUAGGAAAUCAAUGUAAGAAUUUAAACAAAAAUUUUAAUAAAAAUCAGAGAUCCAGGACCAAGUAUUUUUUGCACAAGGAUCAACCGAUUUUCUGUCUGUUUUGCGAAGAAUCGUAACUUUUAAGGCACAUUUCUAUUUCGACUAAUAAUUGACGUUCUUUAAACGAUUACUAUUAUUCCAGUGUUCCCGAUUCGUGAUUUGUCGUGAAAAACUGAUGCAGGUGGCCGACACACUCGAGGCACUGUUCCAGGAGACUGCGAUGCAGCAACCCCCUGAUUCACCCGCUUUCCAGUUCAUGCUGCCCUUUUACCGUCUGGGAUACUACCACUACGUGUGCAUGGUCAGCACCGCGAUUUUAUACUCGAUCAAACCGCUGAUAGAUCUGACAAUUCGACACGCGAAUAGGUCGACACCGUUUCCCGCAAUUUUUCCGUUGCCGAUCGACUCAACCGCGUUUUUCGUGGCGCACUAUCUGCUCGAGGUGAGCAUCUGUUACUCGUUUUGUAUCAUAACUUCCGGGGUAGACGCGUUUUUCACUCUGUGCGCGUUCCGCAUGAGCUCCGUGUUCCGAGCGAUGGCAGUCCAGCUGGAGGAAUUUCCGAAACGACGAAAUGGCGAGAACACCGAGCAGUUCUUGCGGAACUGUAUCGACCGUCACGUCACGUUGAUCAAGUGUCGAGAAAUUAUGGAGGAGAUUUACGGGCCUAUCAUUUUCUCUGUCAUGAUGUCCAAUUGUCUGGGCAUGUGCGCGUUGAUAUUCGAGGUCACUAAGGUCAGUGUAAUCGCGUUGCAAUGAAACAUCAA